AUGUCCACAGAAACUGAAGCCUCGGCCUCUGCGCCGCAGGUCCCUGAGAAUCAGGAUGUCAAGACGGAAAAUAAGGAACAGACCAAGCCUCAGCAGCCCAAAGAACAGAAGUCCAAGGACCAACAGCAACAGCCAGCUGCUCCCGCAGGCGAGAAGAAGCUAUCCGGAGCCGAGUUAAAGAAGAAAGCCAAAGAGGAAAAGGCCGCCAGACGAGCACAAGCCAAGGCCGUACAGCCUUCCCAGGCCCCGGCGCAAGGACAGCAGGCCGCUGGCGGUGAUGGAAAGGGAGGAAAGGCGAAGCCUAAGCAGGACGGACAGCACCAGCAGCACGGGGGCGCGAAACUGCCUAUUCGCUCAGCGGCCACGACGGCUGUUGUUAAGGACAACAAGCCCUCAGUACCAGACUGCUUCAGCCAUCUGUCUAUCGCCAGACGGAUAGAUAUGACCAAUGCUGACAAGGACGUCCAUCCUGCUGUCUUGGUUCUCGGCGAGCACAUGAGCGCAUUUGCGAUCAGUGAUAGUAUCACUCGACUCGAAGCGACUCUAUUCGCUUUCAAGAAGGUCAUCGACUCCUACACAACACCUCCCGGCUUCACCUUCUCACGCCAUUUUACCGCCCACGUUCUUAACCCCCAGAUCGAGUAUCUCACAGCAUGCCGCCCCAUGUGCUUCUCCAUGGGCAAUGCCGUCCGAUGGCUCAAGCUCCAAAUCAGCAAGAUCGAUAUCGAUCUUCCCGACUCUGACGCCAAGAAGCUCUUGGACGAGUCCAUCGAUAACUACAUUCGUGAGCGCAUCACUCUCGCGGAUUAUGUGAUCGUCGAAACUGCGGCCAACAUGAUUGCCGACGACGAUGUCGUGCUCACAUACGCCCACCACCACCUUGUUGAGCGCACUCUUCUCGAGGCUCGCAAGGAGAAGAAGAACUUCCGCGUAAUCCUCGUCGACGAUCCUUAUGAGCGCGUCGGGAUCGAGGUCGCAAAGAAGCUCUCCGCUGCCGGUAUCCAAGUCGCCUAUGCUUCCGAUUUCGGCGCUCUGCGGACACACCUCUCCGAGGCGACGCAAGUCCUUCUCGCCGCCGAGGCUAUCUUCAGCAACGGCGCCAUGUACGCCCGCGCAGGCUCAUGCGAUAUUGCAACAGCAGCCACCGACCUGGGCGUCCGCGUCGUCGCUCUCUGCGAAACCAUCAACUUCACCGAGCGUGUAUCCAUCGACUCACUCACCUACAACGAAAUCGACCCUGAGCGGUCCACCGACGUUGGCUUCCGCCUGCUGUUUGACACUACGCGGGACAAGUACAUUUCAGUGGUUGUGACAGAACUGGGCAAUUCCUCGGCCACGUCUGUGCCAGCAAUCCUUAGAAAACUAGAGGAGUUGUAG